AUGGCAAGGGUUCAGGAACGUGAGGUCUAUGAAGCAGGAUGUAGGGGCUCUCUCCUCUGCUCUUUGUCACCCCAUUCUUCCCCUAACCCUCCCCCCCUCCCCCUGCACGCCUCUUUCCAACGCCUCUUCCCCACUCCUCUCGCCCACACCACUCCACCACACCUACUCCCCACUCCCUCUCUCCUACCCCUCUCCCCCACGCCUUUCCCCCACGCAUUUUCCUCACCCCCCUCUCCCCCCCCCACCCCUUUCCCCCACGCAUUUUGCUCACCCCAUUCCCCCACCCACCCCCUUCCCCCACGCAUUUUUCUCACCCCUCUCCCCCACCUCUUUCCCCCAUGCAUUUUCCUCACCCCCCUCUCCCCCCCCAUCCCUUUCCCCCUCGCAUUUUGCUCACCCCUUUCCCCCACCCACCCCUUUCCCCCACGCAAUUUCCUCGCCCCUCUCCCCGUUCAAGAGGAUGCUGAUUUAAGAGUGAAGAGCACCGUGGCAGGGUGCACUAGCCCCUCCGAUUCUCCAUCCCGAUUGCCAUCCGCACCUCUCCAGGUGAACACAGUGCAGCAAGCAGCGUCCAUCACACUGCUCCAAUCCGCCUAUCCUGCAUCACCUCAUUGCUCUCUCUUGCUCCCUCUCACCACCCUUCUCCCCUAUCACCCACCAGUGUGCAUAGUCCUGUCAGUAGCAUCCACCCCCUGCCAUCUCUACACCCACACAUUGAUCAGCAAGCCCUCAUCUCUACACUGA